UGUACCCUUAUCAGCUCCUCCAUCUCUAUGAGACGUUCCUAUCGCCGGCCGGGCCGCUUCAGACGACAACAACCCUAUCCGCCGGAAGAACCAAGAAAAUUUGGAAGAGACAAUUCACAAUUGACGAAGAAGGGAAAAAUCCUCCGAUUCCUCCAGUCUCCCAUCGAGCGGAGCACACAAACCAAACCAAGAAAACCGGUGAUGCUUCCCCCCGCCCUCCUCCUCGUCGUCGCCGUCGGCGCCGCGCUCCUCCUCGCCUUCCGCCCUCCGCUGCCGGCCCUCGCCGCCCGCCCCAUCGUCGCCGCCGCCGGCGGCAAGCCCGCCCCCACCGAGGCCGCCGCCACCGCGAGGUGGCUCGCCGCCCAGAACACGUGGGGCGUCCUCAGCACAAUAUCAAGUGAUCUAAGUGGAGCUCCUUUUGGCAAUGUAGUUUCAUAUAGUGAUGGAGUGCCAGGUGAGAGCCAUGGAAUCCCCUACUUCUAUCUGACAACGCUAGAUCCCACUGCGAGAGAUGCAUUGGAGGAUGAAAGGACCUCCUUUACCCUUAGCGAGUUCCCUCUUGGGACAUGUGGGAAGAUUGAUCCUGAAAACCCAACUUGUGCAAAACUUACUCUUACUGGAAAGUUGAAGUUGAUUGACCCUCAAUCAUCUGAAGCAGAUUUGGCCAAAGAAGCACUUUUUACUAAACAUCCUGAAAUGGAGGGUUGGCCAAAGAAUCAUCAUUUCCAAAUCUUCAAAUUGGAAAUCAAAAACAUAUUUUUGAUUGAUUGGUUUGGGGGUCCUAAGCCUAUAUCCCCCACUGAAUACCUUGAAUAUGAGAAGAACCGGGCCUUGCUGAAGUCAUCCUAAGCGACGCACCACGUUUAUAUGUAUGUUGUAAAGAUAAACAGUAAAUUAAUUAUAUAUGCUAUGUACAUAUUUACAUACUGUGAACACAUCUUGUUCAUCUUGAAUAAAAACGUUAUUAUGUUUGUUUAUGGAAA